CAUCUUCAUUACAGUCAUCUCUCUUUCUCUCUCAUUCUAUCUCUAGCAAUGGCUGAUAACGAGCCCACAGAGAGGAGAGAAUGCCUGAUACCAGAGCGUGCCAAGCUGCACUUGGCCAUGCUGGCCUUGCAGUUUGGCUACGCAGGCUUCCAUGUUGUCUCCAGGGCUGCCCUCAACAUGGGGGUCAGCAAAGUCGUCUUCCCUGUAUACAGAAACAUCAUAGCUCUAAUCCUACUUGUUCCCUUCGCUUAUUUUCUAGAAAAGAAGGAGAGACCAAAGAUCACACCCUCAUUCUUGAUCCAGUUCUUCCUCCUAGCUCUCUGCGGGAUAACUGCCAACCAAGGUUUCUACCUGUUGGGACUGGAACAUACGUCCCCAACGUUUGCAUCAGCCAUUCAAAACUCAGUCCCAGCUAUAACAUUCCUCAUGGCAGCACUACUAAGGUUGGAAAAGGUUCAUCUGAACAGGAAAGAUGGGAUAGCUAAGGUGGCAGGAACUCUUCUCUGCGUUGGUGGUGCAUCAAUUAUAACGCUUUACAAAGGACCAACCAUUAUAAGGCCAUACCUGACCAACUCAGGCAACGAGUUCCUGUUGCAGCUAGGAAGCACCGGCGGCAAAAACUGGACGCUUGGUUGCCUCUUUCUUAUUGGGCACUGUCUUUCUUGGUCCGGCUGGUUGGUGCUGCAGGCACCCGUCCUAAAGAGAUACCCUGCAAGGCUCUCUGUUACCUCCUAUACCUGUUUCUUUGGUGUUAUUCAGUUUCUCAUCAUUGCAGCCUUCAUAGAGAGAGACUCUCAAGCUUGGAUUAUACGCUCCGGCGGAGAACUGUUCACCAUCUUAUAUGCGGGCUUGGUGGCUUCUGGGAUCGCCUUCGCUGUUCAGAUUUGGUGCAUAGACAGGGGUGGGCCCGUCUUCGUCGCAGUUUAUCAACCAGUACAGACCCUAGUUGUCGCCAUCAUGGCGUCCGUCGCCCUGGGUGAACAAUUUUAUUUGGGAGGAAUAAUUGGAGCGGUGCUGAUAAUAAGUGGACUGUACCUUGUUCUGUGGGGUAAGAACGAGGAAAGAAGAAGGGCGAUGGAAGUCUUGAUAGUGGGCACUGACAGAAACGAGGGACAAGGCGCUCGCAGAAGGCUGGAUUUAGAUGCUGAAGGGCCCAAACAAUCUUCCUCGUGCAGCUCUGCUCUCACCCAGCCGCUCCUACCACCUUCUUCCUUCACCGACAAUGUUUAGGCCCUUCCUCAUGGCGUAUAUAUAUAUAUCUAUAUAUAUAUUGAUAUAUAAGCAUCUGGAUGAUGCAUGAUCGAGCAAUGAAAGAUUCUAAAGAGAAGCCUGUAUAGGUCAUAGCAGUUGGUAGCUAGGGGUUGCACUAAUUUUGCUUUCUCUUUCGCGUACAGAAAAUGGGUCUUUUAUUUCUUCUGGCGUGCGUUUCGAUCCCGUUUGUGUAUUUAUUUCGAAAUGAUAUUUCAUGGAAGAUGCCU